UAGCUUUAUAACUUCGAUAAGAGAGAAAAACUGUCCACAUCUUUUUUCACAUCUCUACGCAGACGACUCUCCCGCCAUGGCUCUUUGGUCUAUCGUAUCAGCGUUUGCGGUGUUUUUGAUGCAUACGACCGCCCAGGACGCUAACGAGGUGUGUUACGGAGAUUUGGGUUGCUUCUCCGGCGAAGGCCCCUACACCAACACGGGGAAACUGCCGGCCUCCCCUGACCAACUGGACACCAAGUUUUACCUCUUCAGCCGCAGCAAUGCCAUGUUAGCCGGCAGACAGCUGUUGGACUUCGACAGCCCGUCCACCCUUCAACUGUCCUCCUUCAAAUUUGAGAAGCCCGUCAAAGUGUGGAUCCAUGGCUUCACUAGCGCCAAGGGGAUCGCAGACGUGUUUAGUUCAGAAGUCGGACAGGCCAUGGCGGAAACGAUUCAGAAGGACGAUGUCAAUUACAUCAUUGUGGACUGGUCCAAGGGUGUCCAGUAUCCCGACUACGCCGCUGCGGCCUCCAACAUCCGGGUGGUCGGAGCUCAGCUCGCCAAACUUAUCACCUUCAUGGUGGACCAAACGGGAGUUAGCCUGGAUCAGUUCCACCUCAUAGGCUACAGUCUGGGUGCGCAUCUGGCCGGGGAGGCUGGAAAGAGGCUACCCGGGCUGGCAAGGAUUACAGGUUUGGACCCAGCUGGACCAAUGUUUGAACUUGCGGAUCCGGCGGUUCGUCUGAACUCAAAUGCCGCCACCUUUGUUGACGUCAUCCACACCGAUGCCCCCUCCUUGAACGUGGCCUUCGGCAUGGCGACGCCGGUCGGCGACGUGGACUUCUACCCUAACGGAGGGGCCAGGCAGCCAGACUGUCCGGAUGCUGUGACUGAGACCCUAUCUAGUUUAGUUGCAGGCACCUUUGAUGUCAGUGGACUUGUCGACGGGGCAGGUUGCAGCCACCACAGAGCCUUGGACUACUGGAUUGAGUCCAUCAACAGUCCGUGCUCAUUCGUGGCACAUCGCUGUGACAGCUACAACAAGUACGAGGAUGGGGAAUGCUGGGACAACAGCGACGGCAGCUACGCCGUGAUGGGCUAUAACGUCGACCCGAGUGCUCAAGGCGCCAUGUUCACCUCAACCUUCGGCGACGGGUCAUUCUGCGGCACUGAGUUUAAGGUAUCCUUCAAAACUAGGAGAUAUGCCAGGACAACGAGAGGCCAAGUAGAGGCCACCAUUGUUGGUACGGACGCCUCCACAGACAAAACCAAUCUGUUCAGUUCUAAUAGUCAGUCGUUCGAAGACGACCGCACCUACGGGGGCCUGUUCAUGUCCAGAGCCGGUGUGGGUACCGUGAGGGAACUGCGACUCAAGUUCAGGGCUUCCGAGAUCUACCGCUUCUGGUCAUGGCAUGGUGAUCUCAAAAUCAACCGGAUAGACAUACAGUCCAACACCGGAGUCACUGCUAAGGAGAAGAAGAAGGAGGAGGAGAAGAAGAAGAGGAAGGAGAAUAAGAAGGAGAAAAGAAACACGACAAACAACAAUAGAAAAAUGAAGGGACUGUCGCACAUCCUCUAUGUCGUGGUUGUGGUCGUGCUUGUGGCGGACUUAGCCGAGCCCGGCAAGCGGAUCCGCUACAACACACAGAAGGGCAAGCGGCUACCAGAACUCAGAUCGCUACCAUACCAGGACAUCCUGAGAGUCUACGGUAAACAGAGGCAGCAAGCACAGUCAACCAGGAAACAGCCUGCAAACCACGGUCAUCACACCACGACGGUCACACCAGCGACCACCACGACGCCAAGACUGCCGCAAGUCGUCUGCUAUGGCGAUCUGGGGUGUUUUUCGGACGAGUUUCCGUUUGACAACACCGGUGGUGUGGUGCCACAGUCCCCCGAGUACAUCAACACGGUGUUCUAUGUCUUCACCAAGAGCAAUCCAACAAUAGAGGCCCGACAGGCUAUCUCAUAUGAUGACAUACUCAGCGUGCAGAACUCACCCUUUGACCCCGCCAAGCCCGUGAAGGUGCUGAUCCACGGCUUCUACUCCUACCCCAUCACCGGGGACCCGUUCUGGGCUGGGGACGCCAUGAGAGAGAUGCUCAAACGGGACGAUAUUAACGUUAUCAUCGUGGAUUGGAACAAGGGCGCUGAGUUCCCCAACUACGCUCAAGCAGCUACCAACAUCCGCCUGGUUGCCGCCCAGGUCGCUAAACUCAUUACCUUCCUCGUCAACGAGACGGGAUGCAGUCUGGACCAGUUCAGUCUGGUUGGACACAGUCUGGGGGCGCACCUGUCUGGUCACGUGGGGAGGAGGCUACCCGGUCUGCCCAGGAUCACUGCUACCGUCAGGACACGUGACUUCUACCCGAACGGCGGAAAGGGACAGCCGGGCUGCGGUAACACGUGGCUCGGCAGCAUCACCAGUGUCUUUGACCCUAACCUUAGUCUUGACGAUGUCGUGGACUGUAGCCAUAACCGAGCGUACGAGUUCUACAUCGAGUCGAUCAACAACCCCUGCAAGUUCGUCUCCUACCCCUGCCGCAGCUACGACGACUUCGCCGCCGGAGGAUGCCGGGAUUGCUCCAACAACGCAUGCUCAGUGAUGGGGUAUGACGUAGACAACAACAUGGCCGGCCGCGGAAAACAGUAUUUGAACACUGGUGACACUGGGCCUUAUUGCAGGUAUGAGUACAGGGUGACGAUUAAGACAAAGGCAGGGAUGGAGCACACCAGAGGAGAACUCGUCGCGAUCAUCUCAGGAAACGGUCAGAAUACGGGACCAAUCCAACUCUUUAACGAUGGUAGUUAUGCACUCGACCAGGACACCACGCACACCAAGAUCGUCACAUCCACCGUGGGAAUCGACUCCAUAGGGCAACUGCAGUUGACGUUCCUCGCCACCAAUAACAUCUUAUACUCCUGGGCCAACGCAUCUGAUCUCACUAUAGUCAGGAUCGACGUAACAUCCAAUAGUGGAGCUAGUGUAUCUUACUGUGGAGAGAUGCUUCUUAGGGAUGGGGUGAUGAACACUAUCUCAUCCUUCAACAACUGUGACACCAUCGUGCCGUAACAGUCAGAGAGACGUAAUUGUGCUGCAGUAUCAUUUACAAAACGUAUCGGAUUUUCUCAUUUGAUUUUCAAAGCUCGGUCGAAGUUUAUUUUCCCGCAAUCUAGGAUGAUUAAAUUAUGUGCACUGAAGGCAGCAUUGUA